AUGUUGGGAGGCAACAAGACGGGCGGGAAACCGCCAUGCAGCACAAGCGGUGCUAGGGGCGGCGGGGAGAGCGGGAAGGGCGGGCGAGGGGGCGGUGAGGGGGGGGCUGCUGAUGGGGCUGGCGGAGGCCUUAAAGGAUUCGUUGGGGUUUACCGAUGGGUGGCGGGGGGCAAUGGAAUAGCUGCAGAUCGCCAAGCACGUUACUCGCAGAGGCACUACCCCUUCCUCUCUUCUUUCCCAUUCCCCUUAACCUCUUUCCACCUUUCCCCCUUUUCUUCCCCCAUCUCCCCACGUGCUCCCUUACACGGACUCACAGGCUCAAGCGCCCACAGCACAAUCUCCCACAUCCUUCCUCCCCACAUUUGUCUCAUGAACUCACUGCUCCCCUCCUUUCCCCCCAUCCCCUUCCUAGCUCCGCACCUGCGUCUCCAGUACCAACUUCCAACCCACGGGUUCGCUCCCAAGUGGCACCGUCCCCCACACUCCUCUCAUAAACCACUGCUGCUUUUCCUCCUUUUCCUCCCCGUCCCGUCUCCUCCCAGCACGGCACCUGCUUCUCCUACACCCGCGUCUGCCCCACAGACUUGCGCGCACAGAAAAGCCACCCACGUCUGCCCCACUGCAUGGGCUCGCCCCCACAGCGCAGCCGCACUGCCCACCAACCCUCUCCCUUCCCUUACCCUCACUGCUCACCAAACAAGGGCCAAGGCUUUAUCCCCUCCCGUUCCAUACCCUCUCCCUCUUCCCCCCCACUUCCCCACCCCUCCCAGCUCUAAACCUGCUUCUCCUACACCGAUUCUUGGCCCACAAAUGCCUUCCCUUACAGUGGCCGCACUGCUCACCCUCUCCCCCUCCCCUUCGCAUCUCCUCCAACCCUUUCCCCGUCUUAUCACCAGCUCCGCACCUUUGCACCUACUUCUCCCACACCGACUUGUGCUCCACCGACUCCCACGCCUGCUACAGUGCGAGCGCACUGUUCACAGCAGCACGGUACAGCCUGCUGACGUGGCAGAGGGUUCGCGAUGGUAUACAGGCGAGGCUGGGCGGGGCUGGGCUGAUGGGCGCUCUGUGGUGGUUUUGAGGGCGGGCGAGCAGGAGGAGGAGAUGGGUUCUGAGCUCGUGAAAAGGCUGGAGGUUGAUAUGCGAGAGGCUGACUGCCUAGCAGUGGUGUUGUCAUUUCAAGGUGCUCAAUACUGCGCGUGUUGCCCUGCCGUGCUGUUGACUAAGGUGGCAUCGCUUCCUCUGGCCCCUCCUAGGCUGUCCCACCUGCACCUCCCACUGGCAACUCCUCCCCUUAUCACCCACACGUUUUGA